CGCUGAUAUCCACUCAGAGCCUCAGACACGGGACCUCCCUGGCCCAGGUCCAGAGUUCCCUUCACCUCUUCAAUCACGUUAAUUGUCCCCCUGGGUGAUGUCGUCUUCAGAGAGCAGCUCAGACAUGAAAACUGACCGUGAGUUCCAUGAAGAUGAGUCUGAAUCUUUGCCAGACCUGGAAGCACAAGGCGCCCUGGCAUCAGAACCCAGCCUUUCUUCUGUGGCUCCCACCCACUCUGGUCCAAGAGUCAAAUCUGUAACCUUUAAGAAGUGUAAUAUUCGAGACAGGAACCAGCAAGUUCUGGUUUUGGAAGGUGGGGUCCUCAAGGCAGUCCCAGACAAGGACGUCACAGCCCGAGAGACUUUUUAUAUAUCAGUUUCACACCGAAGAGUUGUGAAACCUAUGAACGAAGGAAAGAAUCAUAUUUUUUUGGCUGUCUCAAAAGGCGAGCUCUGUCUUUACUGUGACAAAGUCAAAAGGCCAAAGCAUCCUUCUUUGCAACUAAAGAAAAAGCACAUCAAAGAACUGAGUUCACUGAAGGCUAAGGAUUGUCUGCCUUUCACUUUCAUCAGGGAACAGGAGGAGGAUUACAGGUGGAUUCUUUACCCGCUGAGCCAUCGGGGAAUAGUCAAGGAAGAGUCAAUGACUGCCAGCGUCUCUAUUUUGGCACCCACUUCCAACUCAGCACCAAUUAGGAAAAGGCAGCUAUGUUGCCCAAACCAAUCACAUAGAUGCCCCUCCCCCAGCUUCCCCAUGGCAACAAGUCCAAUCAAAGCAUACCUGGAGCCCUCCCUUUCUGCCUGCCCUGAAUCUCUGCCAAAAGCUAUUGACAGUGGAUGACUUCCUUUGAUACAGCCAACUCUAAAUAAAUAGGUGCCAUUUCCUCUUGAAUAGUCAAAGGAGGCAAGAAUACAGAAUACUGAAGAGACUCUUCAAUAAACGGUGCUGGGAAAACUGGACAGCUACAGAUAAAAGCAAUGAAAUUAGAACACUUCCUAACACCAUACACCAAAAUAAACUCAAAAUGGAGUUAAGAUCUAAAUAUAAGUUCGGACACAAUAAAACUCUUUGAGGAAAACAUAGGCAGAACGAUCUUGGACAUAAAUCACAGCAAGAUCUUUUAUGACCCACCUCCUAGAGUAAUGAAAAUAAAAACAACAACCAAAAAGAGGAGGAGCAAAUAAGAAAGGAUAUCUCCUUGUAAUAUCUUGACUUUAUCAUGGACUUGGCUUCUACUGUCAUUUGUCCCUUUCGUGUGUAUGGAGUUUGGGCUAUAAAAAUAGGGUGUGGUUAAUUACAAAGGCUUAAAUAAAUUUCUAGAGA